AUGACAGAAAACUAGCACAUUCCGUUCGGUCAGUCAACAGGGAGGGUGGAUACGUGUUGUAAAAAAUUGUGAAAUGUCCUGAGUUCUACACGUAAAUUUUUCGGAUGCCACCAAAAGUGGACAAACAUACACCCAUUGAGAGCUCAAUGAGUAAUGAACCCAUUCUGGAGCAUGUCGACAAACGCUGGUCGAAAGCGAUCUGACUGUGAAGAGCAGAUUGGUCCGGGGGAGCAGAGAGCCAGUCCAGCUCGACCUCAGUUUGGCAAGAAGCAGCUUCCCUCCAUCCCAAAGAAUGCAGUCCCCAUCACUAAAGCUGCCUCAACAGCCUCUACACAGUCAGCUAAUGGCACCCAUGCCUCAUAUGGGCCUUUCUAUCUGGAGUACUCACUACUAGCUGAGUUCACGUUGGUAAUCAAGCAGAAGCUCCCCGGCAUCUAUGUCCAGCCUUCAUACAAAUCAGCAUUAAUGUGGUUCGGAGUAAUUUUCAUUCGACACGGCUUGUACCAGGAUGGUGUGUUUAAGUUUACCGUGUACAUUCCUGAUAACUACCCAGACGGAGACUGCCCUAGGGUGGUUUUCGACACGCCAGUUUUCCACCCAUUAGUUGACCCGGUCUCUGGUGAGCUUGAUGUGAGGAGAGCUUUCACCAAAUGGAGACGAGCUCACAACCAUAUCUGGCAGGUUCUAAUGUACGCACGCACAGUCUUCUACAAGAUCAAUACCAUGGAUCCACUCAACCCAGAAGCCGCUGUACUGUAUGACAAAGACAUCCAGCUUUUCAAAAGCAAGGUUGUAGACAGUGUAAAGUUAUGCAAUAGCCACCUGUUUGACCAGCCCAAGAUAGAUGAUCCUUAUGCAAUAAGCUUCUCUCCAUGGAAUCCAGUGGUGCAUGAGGAGGCAAAAGAGAAGAUGUUUGCACAUAAAGUGAGUGUGUGACGCUCUCCUGGCUGCUCCCCAAAACAAAAGACGACCUGAGGAUUACAAAGGAUUGCCGGUGUCUGGGCUGUCUUGGGUGAAGCCUGGUACCACACAGCCUUUUAGCAAAGAGGACAACCCCCUUCAGACGUGAACCUUCAGUACCACUGUCUGUCCACCAGGAGGGGUGCUAAGCUACUGUUGCUGUGUUGAACCACAUAAAUUGAAUUCUGAUGCAGUUCUAUGAACUGCAUUUGCAACACUCACUCAGCUUUAAAAUAAACCGCUGAAAUGGCUUUAUCUAUUAAUUUUCCCAGUAUAGAUCUAAUGACUUAUUCUUUUCGAGGCAGAGGCUUGAAGGGAGUCAGGCAGAGCUUGUUGUAUUCAAUAAUGUAACUUGCACAUGUUAAAGGUUUCUAGCACGACAAAACACCUCACUUGUUUGUGUUGGCUAUAAAUAUGCCCUUGUUUUGUUGCCAAUAAUCUCCCAUUGUAUUCCCUUUACACCAGUUUUCUUUUCCCUCCAAACUUUAAUGCUUUUAAUUUCAGAUAAGACUGAACACGGUGUGUGUUUAUUUUCCUUUUUAAUUUUAAAUCUUGUGUUCUAAAAUCCUGUGUAUGUAAUGGUUUUGAUGUAAAAUGCUGCACAAGAUAAAUGCUAUUCAAUAAGACCAGGUUAAUCCUUAAUGUAAUUCACUUUGAAUGUGUCCUAAUGGCUCAAACUAAAAAAAGGUUUGUGUAAAUAGUGGAGCAGUUCAAUUAAAUGAAUGGUCUCUUUAGUGGAGUCCACAACUCCAAUUAUUUAUAUAGAAAUGUACAUUGCUAUAAAUUCAGUUAAAUUUUUUUUUUUGCUGUUUUAUGAUGCCCAUUUCUUUUUAAUGACUAUUUUGGGUGGUUUCAGUGAGAAUGUUAAUGUAAGCUCAGCUGUGUAAGCAAUGGAAGGUUUAUUUUAUUUUGUGAUCUGUUGAAGGCAAAUAAAUGCAUAAGACAAUCACUGUAGCUUUUUUUUUAUGUACAUAAUGAUUUGGUAAAUUGUACAUUAGUGAUUUGUUUUCCCCAAAAAGGAAAAUCCAUUUACUCACCCUCAUGCUGUCCAAAACCUAAAUGACUGACUUUUUGUGGAAUACAUAGUUGUUCGGCCCGUUUGCCACGUCUACCAUUUUAUUUUCAUUGUAUGGAAAAUUUAUAAAAAUGGUGACAGGCUAACGAGACUGUAUUCACAUCAACACACACACUUUGAUUUUUGUUAUUUUAGAUGUGCUUUUAUAUUUUGUUUUAGAUGUGCUGCUGUCUCUUCAGUGGGUUGUACAGUUGUUUAAAGUGUUUUUGGAUUGAUAGUUUUCCAGUGUGUCAUCAGUGGGACAAAGUAAUUUCAAAGUCCAGACAACAUGAGUUGUGGAAAAUUAGAUGUGAUCUUGACUUUGAGCUCUUUGAUCUAUUAAAACAGCGAAUUUCA